AUGGUCUCGGAAAACCAGCAUAGGGCCACAGAAUCCUCUCCCUUGUUGCAUGACGUCGACCCUGAAGCAGCGGACGGGGCAAAAAAGUCAGGAUGGCAGCAAGAAUUGAAGAUUAUCUCGCGAUACACUGCUCCGCUGAUGGUUGCGCUCUUGCUUCAACAUGCAUUGACCGGAUCCAGCAUUUUCAUGGUGGGCCAUCUGGGGAAACGGGAAAUCGGGGCCGUGAGCUUGGCCAACAUGACCGCCCAAAUUACUGGAUACUUCGUCUUCCAAGGUCUUGCAACAUGUCUUGAUACUUUAUGCCCGCAGGCAUAUGGCUCGGGAAACCCGAGAAUGGUCGGCCUGCAUGUCCAACGACUGACCCUCUUCAUGCUCGUCCUCACGAUCCCAAUCGGAACCAUAUGGUAUAAUGCCGAUCGUAUCUUUAUGUUGAUUCUCCCCGCUGAAUCUCACGAAACUGCUGUUCUCGCGGGAUUGUAUCUCAAAAUCGCCAUCGCAGGAGCUCCUGGCUAUGCCUGCUUUGAGUCCGGAAAGCGGUUCUUCCAAGCGCAGGGUUUAUUCAGUGCUAGUCUGGUGGUUCUUUUGGUCUGCUCUACACUCAAUAUUUUCAUGGGCUGGCUAUUUGUCUGGAAACUCCAAUGGGGUUUCAUCGGCGCCCCAAUUGCAGUGGCUAUCGCUAACAGUCUUCUUCCAGUCUUCCUCGCACUCUACGUCGUCUUCAUUAAAGGAUCAGAGUGCUGGAACCCUAUCUCUGCCGAAGUCUGGCGCGGCUGGGGUUCAAUGUUGAACCUCGCCAUCCCAAGUUGGUUGAUGAUUGAAGCUGAGGUCCUCGCUUGGGAAUUCAUGACUCUCAUCUCCUCUCAACUGGGCCCAACUGAACUCGCUGCCCAAGCUGCCCUCUCAACACUAUCCGACUUCGCAUUCCAAAUCUCCUUUUCCAUCGCUAUCGCUGGUGGUACGCAUAUUGCUUAUCUGGUAGGAUCAGGUCUUAUCGACCGUGCGACAAGAGCAGCUCAAGUUUUGGUUUUCGCCUCCCUUGGUGCUGGUUUGGCGAAUAUGCUUGUGGUCCUCGCCCUGCGAGGAGUGAUCCCUGGCCUGUUCAGUGAUAUUGGCGAAGUUUGGCAUAUGAUUUAUUUCCUGCUUCCAUUGGGUGCUGUGGUUCAAAUUCCGGAUGCUGUGGCUACCUCUCUCAACAGCUUGCUGCGAGCUGUUGGGCGCCCGGAUUUGGGCAGCUAUGUGCAACUGUCAAUCUAUUACCUCGUGGGAUUGCCAUUGGGCAUCGUUUUGGCAUUUUGGUUGAAUUGGAGCAUCUUUGGGCUCUGGUGUGGCAUUUUAAUUGGACAGUCAAUCAUUGUGGCGAUCGAAGGCUUUUACUUCUGGAAGAUGGCUGACUGGGCCAAGGCAUCCAGAGAAGCGGUGGAGCGUAUGGAAUGA